AUGAAGACUUUCUUCGCUGUCGCCCUCUGCGCUCUGCUGUCAGUCGUCAAUGCAGCUCCUGUCCAGGCUCCGGCCAACUCAAAGAUCUCAACUCGAGGGUGCGAGCUCAACGUCGUGCUUCUCAACGGCAAGCAAACCACCAUCGAAUUUUCGCUUGUGGCAGAAACCGAUGCCGAGACCCACGAGACUUUGUAUGACCAGGUCGCCACACUAAAUUACACUAGGGUCUGCGCGACUAAGACCUCCGCAACGCCCGUAUCCAUGCCGUUCGAGUCAAUCUGCACAAUUUCAACCGACAAGUCGGUCGUGCCUAUCACCUUGCGUUACGGCCAGGAGCAUAUCAUGUACCAUCUGGGCCCUAGCCAAAUCGACGGUCAAGGUAUGCAAAGCUGGGAUCUCAAGUGUGGCGGCGUUGUGAUUCCUAAAUACUGA